ACAAGCAAAACAAACGGGAUUUCUUCCAAGAAUUUUCCUUUAAAUGCAAUUUUACGUAAUUAAUUCAGCCAUACUUUAGCGUAAACUACAAGAAAAAUGUUUCCGAGCAUAGCUAGCUGUGUUAGAACAGCAUCUAAGCGAACUACGCCAUUAUUGAGUUUUGUCCGGACACACAAAGCAGCGUAUGAAGGGGAGGGCAAAACCACAGUGCGAGUGCUGAACCAGGAACAAGAUCUGGGGCUGAUGAUCGACGCUUACGCCACGUAUGGGUUCCGGUUAAACAAUGGUAUCACAGUCCUGGGUCCGCUGGCCAUCUUCCCCCGCACCAUCCUAUCAUGGCAGGUGCCACACUCCGACGCCAUCACAACGGAGUCUCUGAGGCUCUUCAAAAUGCUAGACCCUAAAAUGGAUCUCAUUGUUAUCGGCAUCGAGAGUAAGGAGCGCAGCACAAUAACGAAGGUAUUCAUGGCGGCCAAACAGGCGGGACUUACCGCAGAGAUACUUCCCGUAGAGCAUGCGUGUGCCACGUUCAACUUUCUCAACGCUGAGGGACGCACGGUGGCCGCGGCGCUGAUCCCUCCUCUGAACGUGGAACCCAACGAGAACGACAUGCUGCAGUCACAGCUACACUACAAGAACUUGUACAAACAGGACCUCUCCGGCUGAUAUCUCAUUAUUCAAGUACUAUAGUUUGUCAAAGGACUGUCUCAUUUCAAACAUAGACAGAGAGACUUAUACUAUCUUUGUCUUACACUAGUACUAGUACCCAAAAGAAAAGGAUGAGUAGUUUUUUCGUUCUUAUUUUUGGUUUUGACCAACUAUAAUUGAUACUGUACAGUCGCCAUCAGAUAUAUCGGAGCGGCCG